GCUUGGGUUUCUUCUCUUGGAGAAACGCAUGCGUGACGUCAUCAAAACAUUGCACAGCUGAGUGACAACUGAAGCUGAAGCCCUGUGUGAUCAGCGAUCGUUUCUGCUGUGAGAAUUUGUGAAUUUCUUUGGAUAAGGUCGGAGAACUGGACGAAAUUUCAUCACGGCGACGCGCUAGCAAGCCUGGCCUCGAGCGGGGAGUCCGACGACGGUGGGCUAGCUCCGCCACCGCGUAAAAAAUCUCGCCCUUCCACUGGAGCUACGAUGCAGCAAGCUGCAAAUGGCUGUUGUGAACACAAUGGGGCAGCCGAGGAAGAUCUCCAAGAAAGCACCUCCGCCUUCCAGCAAAACGGCAUGGAUGCCCAGCCGGACAGCAACGGCAUUAACGGGGACGUCUCCACCAAAGUCAUCGGCAAAACGGACCAGGAAAUCGUCAGACUCAUCGGCCAGCACCUCAGGACCAUUGGACUCAACCGCACAGCUGAUCUGCUGAUGCAAGAGUCGGGAUGCCGACUUGACCACCCUGCUGCUGCCAAAUUCAAACAGCACGUAAUGGAUGGUGACUGGAGUAAGGCUGAUCUCGACUUGAAUGAACUUGAAGCGCUACUUGACAAUUCAAAAUAUAGUCUGGCGGAAAUGAAAUUUUUGAUCUUAGAGCAAAAGUAUCUGGAGUAUCUUGAGGACGGAAAAGUUUUAGAUGCACUUCAUGUCCUUAGAAAUGAGCUAACACCUCUACAGCAUAACACAGAAAAAGUUCACGAGUUGAGCAGUUAUAUGAUGUGUAGUGGAAGGGAAGAACUGAUGGCCCGUGCAAGAUGGGAAGGUAAAGGGUUGCAAUCACGAACAACCUUGAUGGAUCGCCUACAAGAAUUUUUACCGCCCACUGUAAUGUUACCUCCUCGAAGGCUUCACACUCUUCUGUCGCAAGCUGUGGAGCUACAGAAACAGAGGUGUCCCUAUCAUAACACAGAAAGCCAAGAAACAAUGGAUAAUAUUUCUCUACUUGUAGAUCAUUUGUGUUCAAGAAAUCAAUUCCCUUGUAAAUCAAUUCAAGUCCUCACUGAUCACUGUGAUGAAGUUUGGUUCUGCCGAUUUUCGCCUGAUGGUCUGAAACUAGCAACUGGUUCAAAAGAUACAACAGUUAUAAUUUGGGAUGUUGAUCCUGACACGUUAACCUGCUCACAUCGUACAACACUAGAGGGACACUCUUAUGGUGUAGCUUAUCUAGGAUGGUCACCAGACAGCACUCAUCUGAUAGUGUGUGGACCGGAGGAUUGUCCUGAAUUGUGGAUAUGGAACGUAGAAACAGAGGAGUUGCGGAAAAAAGUCACUCACUCUCCCGAAGACUCCCUUACCUCUUGCUCAUGGCAUCGUGAUGGCAAGAAGUUUGUCACAGGGGGAAUUCGAGGCCAAUUUUAUCAGUGUGAUUUAGAAGGAACUGUCUUGGAUGCAUGGGAAGGAGUUCGGGUGAAUUGCGUAUGGUGUAGAUCUGACGGUAAGACAGUUCUAGCUGCAGAUACGCAUCAUAGAGUUCGAUCAUACGUUUUUGAUGAACUCACUGAAACAAACAUAUUACAAGAAGAUCAUCCUGUGAUGGCAUUCACUGUGAAUCAAGCCGACCGCCUUGCGCUUCUCAAUGUUGCUACACAGGGCGUUCACCUGUGGGAUCUGCAAGACAAGUGCCUCGUUCGAAAAUUCCAAGGAGUUACUCAGGGUCAUUUCACAAUUCACAGUUGUUUCGGUGGAGUCAAUCAAGAUUUUGUCGCCAGCGGUAGUGAAGAUCACAAAGUGUACAUAUGGCACAUCAAAAAAGAACUACCUAUCGCAACGCUAUCUGGGCACACGAGGAUUGUCAACUGCGUUGCAUGGAACCCUGUUUAUCAUCAGAUGCUCGCGUCAGUUUCUGAUGACUGUACAGUUCGGAUCUGGGGACCGGAUGACAAAUAUCGAACCAAAAAACAAUCUGCUUCUGCAGGCGAUAGCUCAUCAAAUGGGAACUCAUGGCACGAAUCUCGCUCAUAGUAUUUUUAAAUCUUGGAUCUUUUUGUUGAUAUUUCUUCCUCAAUUCUGUUGGUUGUUUUUCUCAAUUUGUAUUUAUUUAUUUAUUUUUUUUUUUUAAAACUUGGAUCACCAGUUGUUUUUAGAUAACUUAACUGGUAUCAAAAGACUUUCUUCCUGUACUUUUUCUCUUUCCUUUCUGUAAACUGAUCUUUAUCUAGAUGUGAAAAGCGACAAAUUAUCUUCCUUGCAGAAGAAGAGACAGUUGUCCUCCGUUCUCAGUAGUCAUGAAAUCCGUGAAAGCAUAAAUGUCACCGAUGUGUCUGUAAGCAUUAAAUUCUGAUCUGAAUAGACUUUAAAAAAAGGAAAGGUCAAAAAAAAAAGAGGAGGGGGGACUAAUUGAAGGGCUCAAAUUUAAGCUCUCAUCGACAAGGACCAAAGUAUGGCUUCUCAUACCAAAUAGCAAUUAGGAAAGCCUGAACUUUUUGCCAGUCCAAUAUUCUCCUCAAAAAGUUAUAGUAGGUUGUCACAUCCUUUAAACUAGUAAUAUUACUUUAAAUGUUGAACAAAUUCAAAUACCAUGUACGAUGUUAUUUGACAGGUCUUGAUUUUAUUUAUGGGGAUCCAUGAGAGAGAUAAAUCCAUCUGAGAUCUAUCCAUGAUAUAGUUCAAGAUUUUGGCUACAGUUCUGAACUUUAAUUAUAAGAAUUAUUCAAACGAAUAUUGCACUGAUCUUGGACGUCCAUCGAGUCUGUUUAGCUUGUAGAUGGAUUGAAAUGCGAUGAGUUAUUUUUGGCAAUUAUGGGUAAAAAAAAUAAUAAAUAUAUUGAACUCUUAAAAAUAAUUCGUAAAUGAGAAGUAUCUCUUGUUUUACUGUGGAUGUCAAACACACAUGUAAUCCUGCAAUUAUUGCUCUUUAAUUGCAAAUGACUACUGCAAAUUCAACUGUUCCUUCAUUCGCCAUAAACAAUACAACACAGUUUUCUAAAACCUGGCCAGUCAAAAGUUCUAACUGCAUUUUAGGCGAUACUUUUUGGUCUUGGAUUCUCGAAUAAUCUUUUCAAUCAAUUCUGUGGUCUGAAAAAGGAAAAGACUUAAAUCAUGGCGGACUCAACUAACGUAUGCUUUGAAUGAUUUAAUUAAAAGAUUUUAUUAACUGACUCGUGUAAACCUGCUUUUCUGGUCAGUUUAUGUGACCUAUCAAAUUUGACCUCAUGUUUCCCGGAGUAAAUUUUUCUCAGGACAGGAAUGAGUUCUGAAAGUCUAAAUUUUUUGUCAGAGCUCCUUGCUCUCUAUCCUGCAUUGUAAAAUGCAUUAUUGAGUUAUCUCCUUUUUUUACGCACCGCAUUGUUAAGAGCUUGGCCUGGUUGAUGAUUUCGCGAAAAUUAUUUGUGCCAUUGAAAUUAAGUUAGGUUAGCUCUGUUCUUAUGUUAUGAUAUCAAAUCCUUUAAAGCCGUUUGACUAUUUACAGUGAAGUCUAGAAUUACUCUCAUCCAAAAAUAUUUAAGGGGAGGAGACAGAUACUUCUUUCUUAGAUUAAAUAAAGUUAAUAAUCUUGAAAGGAACUAAUACAAAAAACUAACACCCCUUCACAAAAUUAGUUAAGGUGGAUCAUAAUCACUUUAGAAAUUGAUGUGAUAGUUGAUCAAUCAAUCGAAAAUUUUUGGAUUUUAGGAAAUUUCUUGAAAAAUCUCUUAGUAUCAUGUCUUACUGAAGUCUGUCAGGUGUUCACACACAAGGCUUAGCCUUGAAGCAUUUUAAAAAUAUGUCUUGAGUGAAUGUUGCAAAUUGAAAGGCAUAAUGAUUUGCGAUAUACACUGGGAACGCACUUUGAAAGCUAUGCAUUUCAAAAUUUUUCUCGGUGAAAACUUGUGGACCAACACCGGACAGACUAUAGCAUGAUGUGACGCUUGGAGAUAUUUGAAGAAAUGUCUUAAUACCCAGAAUGUCCACAAUAAUUGAUGAUAAUGAUCUUCAAUUGAUCUAUCCACUGUGAAAUUGUUCACUAAAGUGUUGAAGAUCCAAUUUCACAUCAUGAGAAAUCUUUUUCCCAAAUCUAUUGCCACUUUUAUCUGUAACUGCGUCAUUUUUUUAGUAUUGUUCCAAUCUGGUUAUUCGAAUUCAAGGCAAUUUUACAUUCGUGUUGACUGUCAGUCAAAUGUCAAUGUCUACCGUUUGUUCCUCUUGGUGUGCAUUCCGUGAAAUCUGAAGCGUUCCAGCUUAGACAUUACAGAAAAAAAUUGGACCAUAGACUCAUCUGUUCUUAAUACAUUAAAUUAAGCAUCAAUAAGUCAUUGGCAAAUUAUAUCAACUAUUCUAAGGCUCAAAGGCAUUAUUAUUUCAAGGAAAUGGUUUGAAAGAGGACUGUUUAUAUUUCUUGAAGUGACCAAGUGUAUUUCUGCUUUGUAUUUUGUUGACACACUAAUUAAAAAGCUAUUGUGAUGUGAUCUAACAUUUUUUAAAAAGUAUCUAAUUAUAUGUAAGAAAAACAACCACAUUUGCAUGAAGAUUUCAUAUUUUUCAGAAAUAUUGCAGAAAGAAGUGCUUUUGCUCUGUUCACGUCUCAUGACUUUCCUGAUUAAAUUUUACUUGCCAAUAGUAAAUAAGUACAGAAGUAGUUUCUUAGCUAUCAGUGCAAACAUGGUGCUCCCAUUUUGAAAUCUUUUUAGGUAGCAUGAUUGAAAAUUCAUCAAUCUGAAAGAGUUUGUUUCACUUGAAAAAUAAUCGGAUUCAUUGUGCUCUCUCUGCAUUUUUGGGCAGCAACAUGUUGUGGGUAGAGGAUCCUUGACUUAUGAAACAUUACAAUUUUUUUGGUGUCAUAGUUCAUGAGGACAGAUCUGCUUCUUAUAAGCACUAAGCUUCUCCCAAUAUUUCUAGAAGUUGGAAUUUCAAAGCAUAGUUUCAAGCAAAGUUUAGAAAAACAAAAGACAAAGAAAAAUGGUAAAAUUUUCAAGAUGAUGAAAAUACAAGUCUGUACAUGUUAAGGACUCUCUCCUCUCCUUGUGACAGGCCAAUUCAGCCUCGCUAUUCAGCUGCAAAGAAAAUUUUUCUCCCGUUUUCUGUUUAUUUUCAUUCAAAGGAAAGAUUAUCACAUGAGUGUGAUUGAUCAAACAUUCUUUAAAAUUUCUUCUUCAAAAAUUAAUAUCUACGAUCAAAACUUCAUCUGUUCAACAUUGAAUCACUAUUCCUUUUUUUACCUUCCUACCCUCUCAUGGAGCGUUCUUUUAUUUCGUCAUCAGUUUUUCUUUUCUCCACAAUCUUUUAACUCCAUCCAUCCUAGAAAGGGAAUAUUUUCUUUUUUUCUUUUUUGUUUAAAUGAGUGAACGAAACGAAAAUACAUGAAUAGUGAAUGUAUAAACUUAAAUUUAUGUGUGUAUAUUUCAUUAGUUAAAGAUUUAAUUUAAUGAUGGUAUGAUGUAUGUAGGUGAUCGUUGUUUGGUGUGCAGUUGCACGUUUGAACCAAGUGCCGUGCUCAGAAGGCACGAGAGACUAAUAUCGUUGAUUUUGCCAACUGUACAAAGUGUAUAAAGUGGCGUAAAUACAUUUUUAAUGUGUUUUUACUUCUGGCUUUUGAAUUGUCAGAAGUGAUUGUAAUGGUGACUUUCUUUAAUCAAUUAACAUUUUCCUCUUCCUGUUUUGACGGACUAUUGCAGUGGAAACUCUCGUGUUAUUAUACUUAAGACAGAUGGUACUAUGCAGUACUCAAAGGCAACCCCUUUUUUUGUGCAUGAUUUGUCAAGCUAAGUCACAUCGUGAACUCCGUGUUGAAAAGUUUUCUUCGCUUACUGAAAUUGGUUUGUGCAGAUCUAAAGUUUGUACUAUGCUGAUUCAGAAUCAACAAAA